GAUAAUUUUCAGAAAAUGAUGGAAUGCUGAUAAAAUGGCGAACUUGAGCUCAGAAAUAGAGGAGUUCAUCCGGAACAAAGUUGCGUGGGAUUCCCUGCCUGCAUAUAUUCAGCAGCAGUUAGGAAACACAAGCAAGGAAUAUGAUAAAAGUAUUGUACAGUUCAGUAUAAAAAAUCAGUUGAGAUACCGGGGUAACCUGGUCCGUCACGUGAAGAAGGAUGAGAAGAGAUACUAUGAAGACCUUCUAGAGUUUAGUAAGAAGAAUCUUAUGCUCUUCCCCUACCAUCUCUCUGAUGUUGUCAUCAAGGGGCUCAGGAUUACUCCAUUCCAGUACUAUAUCAUGGUACUGGAGAGUAUAAUGGGACAGGAGAGAAGUUAUGAUUCUCUACCAAACUUCACAGCUGUGGAUUGUGUUAGGUUGCUAGGUAUUGGCAGGAACCAGUAUAUUGAUCUCAUGAACCAAACUAGAUCAAAAACUAAGUUUGGAGGAUUUUCAACCAGUCUCUUCAGGAAAAGUUAUAAAGAUCUUCUACCAACCCGUCCUGUCAGUGAUAUUCCAAUCUUGCCCUGGUGGGUAGUUCAGGUUGGAUAUAUAACUGAGGAUGAUGUUAAACUUUUGGCUAAACCCGAGAAAUCAAUAAUUGAUCAAAUAAUUGAUUCUGGUCCUUGUCCAGCAGGUAUGCUGAACUACAAGGACGUGCACAGCCUGUAUCUCCAGGGUCUAGUAUACCUGGAUAUCAUCAUAGAGGAUAAGGACCUCAUGACAAUGCCCCCUCUGGAGGGGUUCGUCAUGAACCGAGUGACAGGGGACUAUUUCGAGACUUUGUUGUACAAAAUAUUUGUUUCAAUGGACGAACAGACUAGUGUUGCGGAGACUGCAACCUUGCUCCAGAUAGAUCCAGGACUAGUUAAAGAUGCAAUCUCUCUAUACUGCAGGUUGGGGUUUGCUCGUAAAAAAGAUGCGGACCUUGAUACUGAUACCCUUCAUCCAUCCUGGUUAGAUCACAUGGAUACAGGAGGUGUGAGCAUCCGAUGUGGAUCAGUGAUUAGUGUUAGCUCCGAUGAAGAGGAUUCUUUGCUCAAGGAGCUCAAUCAUGCACUAGAGACAGAUACAGAGAGUUGGGAGGAUACUGGAGAUUAUAAGGAGGAUUCGGACCACAAGGAGACGGAGGAGAAGGUUCCUGAGGAGAAGAGCUCUGUUAAGAAGAUAGGGUUUUUAUUCGACUCCACGCUUACAGCAUACCUCAUGAUGGGAAACCUGAGCCCCAGUCUUAAGAAUCACGCCGUCACCAUGUUUGAGGUUGGAAAGCUCUCCGACGAGAGCAUGGACGUAUUUCUGGCGGAGCUCAAAAAAAUAUCCGCCACUGAGGCGGAGGGCGAGGCCGGCGUAUAUUUCACAGCCGCGAUGACCCUCAAAGAGACGAUUAUCAGUCUUAGAAAUAAUCCUAGUCUUAAGGAAUUUGAGCUGUGUCUGGGUUUGGAUCUGGUUCGGGUUGAAUCGUUACAAUCCCUGGAUCAGAACACAGUCUCCAGGCUCCUUCAGAAGAACUACAGUCUCCUGGUAUCAAUGGCACCCAUGACCCAUGAACUACGCGCGCUGAACAGCGUAACGCCUGCCAAUCUAGGACCCAGUCUUCCUGAGCUUGCUUCGCCAUGGUUUAAAUUUUAUAUUUAUGAUAAGACUGGAUCUGGACCUGUCUCUCUGAUGCUUCCCAGAGGGUGGAAAAUGCGCUCGUUACCUAGAGCUCUUCAAUCCUGCGCCGUGCUCUACAUUACAACCUGGGGCCAUGAACCAACAGAGGUUCCAAUCUCUGGAGCUCUCUCCCUCCUCCAAGAUGCUUUGUUGCAUUCUCCAGUCCUUCUCCAGGCCUUCAGUACAGAUCACGACGAGACAGCGAAGACGAAGCUUGUUUCCUUCCCUCUCCAGGAUGAGCUAGAGAAGGGGUUGGGAGAAGGGAUUGAUAAACUAGAAGGAGUUGUAGAUUUAUCCUCCUCCUGUGGGUAUAUAACUUUGGUUAACCUAGCGGAAAAGAAAAUGGAAGAAAGGCAGUUCUCUCCAGCAGGAGACAUGUUAGACUUUGACAGUGAGCAAUUAUUAGCUGAGGAGUUAGAUUCUAUAGAUUCCCCGUUAGCUGGAGAACAUGUAAACCGUCCCAGCAGUCUCAUCCUUCCUUCAACACCAACACUACAGGAUCGUUGGCUGGUGAUGAAUAUAACCUACGGGAUUCCAUUGUUCAACUCCGACCUCAACAAGGAGAUCAUGGAAAAGAUCCUCACUAAGGGGUUGGUUAACAAGGAGAACCUGGAGAACAUGUCCCGGAAGCAAGCAGAGCUCGGAGCAGAGCUUCUGGCUUUCAUUAAGUUGAACUCUGACUACCCUGAUAUAUGCGGAGAGGAUGAGGGAGUACCGUAUCCAACACGUCCUAUCUGGUUCAACGGAUCCAGUCUAGCUCCGGUACCUCCAAUCUUUAAUAUCAUGUAGUUCAUUGGGUACAUACUUAUAUUGUACAGUGCACGUACACUGUACAUUUGUACACUACGUAUAGGCUUGAUGAAUAAGAGGCGCACGGUGUCAAGAUCUUUAUGGAAUAAGCGACAGAUUUCUAAAAAUAUUAACUAAAUUUUUUGCAUUAAUUUCUAUAAUACUGCAAGGUUCAGUCUCAUGAAUGUGUGAAUCAUUUGAUAAUGUAUAUAUGCAAAUAGUAUCAUAUUUCUAUAUGUAAUGUAUUUACAUUUAUAUCAAGGAUUUUAUUCUUCUUAGGCUUAGAUUUUCAAGUAUUAAUUGCAUUAAUUUAUCUUUUUCUUUCAGUGUGGUUUUAUCAAUGUUCUUUUUCCCUCUGAUCUGUGAUUUGAUUCUUCAUUAUUCUUAUUCCGACCAGAUUUAUACUCUUUUUUUUCUUUCUAUUCCAAUCCGUCCGACUCUUUUUUGUCCUUUUGUCCCCGCUCGUCCAUUUCGUCCUUCUGUUGGUGCUAUCUUUGUUGCGUAAGCUUCCCCCUCUUUAACUUAAUUCCUCAGUGCAGAUAUAACGGCUGGAAAUAUGAUUGUCAGAACCGUGGUUGCCAGGAAAAACAAACAUUUAUCUUAAUGCAUGUUUCCACCCUGCCACUUCCAUCUACCUUUAG